UUAAAGACACAACAGAAGAAGUUCAUCUUAAAAGAAAACGUUUUGAUGCAGUUGGGAUUUCUGCUUACUAAAAACCUAAAUCUGACCGAAGUGCUGAAUAUGGAGGACUUGGACCAACACCUGGAGUCUCAGAAGGACCUGGAGGAGGACAGCGACGACUCCGACCGCAGCUCUAGGAAAGGGCAAAACUCCACGCUUCCUUUGGUGAAACGCUUGUUUGAAGAGUCCUGCAACGAAACUGGCUUUCUUGAGUCGUGCAGAAUGUGCUUGGAGCAAAUCAGAGAAGCCAUGCUGCAUCACAGAUGGCAGGAAGCAGCAGAGUACAUGGCAUGCUACCCUCAAAUCCUUGAGAAUAAAAUGAAAGGCGCAGCACAUCGAGAGCUCGUUUGGCGAAUCAGCACCGAGAUCCUUCACCACCAUCCCAACUCAACGAUGAACGACUACAACCUCAUCUAUGAACGGAUGAAACACUCCGGUAUCAAACUUUACCUGGUGAUUUGCCUGGAGCAUUCCUUCCACCUGAUGCUCCACGGUCAGAUUGAAGAUGCGAAGAAGCAGCUGUCUGUCGCAGAAAGCUGGAGAUACGGGAAGGUUUCGGCCGCUCAGCAUCAGACGAGUAAACUGAUCCAAGUCUACAGGAGCUUGUUGGAUUAUAUGAUCUGGUGCGACAAAAAGUCAAUCGAUGACAACUACUCUUCCCACUCAGACAACCAAAGCACCAACAACUACUUCCGACAAGCUUCUGUGAAUCUUCAAGAGGUUUUAAAAAACCCAGGAGUCUGGGAUCCCUUCAUUUUGUGCUACGUUGAGAUGCUGGAGUUUUAUGGGGAUCACGAGGAGGCCCUUAAAGUCCUGAAUGACUACGCGUAUGACACAAGUUUUCCACCCAAUCCCAAUGCACACGUGUAUUUAUAUCAGUAUUUCAAGAGGCACAAUGCUCCAAAGAAGAAACUGAUUAAAGUCUUAAAGAACAUCCAGGUUUUAGUUCCAAGCCAUGAGUUGAUGCUUGAGUACAGCUCCAUCCUGCGCCAGUCUGUGAAAGCAAGUGGGGCUCAGAAAGCUUUAGGAAUCCUUCUGGACAUGCUCGACUUUGCCUGCUGGAGGAGCAGCCUGGACGUGUGGAAGCGUUUGCAGGCCGUUAUUCAGGACCUGCAGUUACAGGACGACUGGGAGAACGUUGUCAGCAAACAUAUGGAGGCGAGAAAAGACUGGUGGCCUGCGCUGCAUUUUACAAGCUUCCACGCCACCAAAGACUCCGAGGAGAGCCCUGAACUGUUGGAAGUGAAGGCAUCGCUUACAAGAAUCCUCUGCCCAGAUCGAGCUCUGAGAUACAGCACCGAGCGGUUAACGCCCUGA